GACGACCGUAAGUUUUAAGACUAGAGUAGUACGAGAGAUGCCUUCGCGAGUGCAUGCAUUUGGAAGAAGCAGUAGCAGUAUUUAGGUUCCAUGAUUCCGUGAAAGACUGCACUUUGCACGCCGGUUCCACGAGUUUGCUCAACGUAGUGGUAGUGUCCUAGUAUUCCCUCCUAAGCUGCAAGUGAUAAGCCAACAAUUUAGUGCAGUGGUCUGUUUUGUUUGUGCAGCUAAGCUGAGCUGGAUUCCACCCAAAAAAUAGGACCAUUGUGCGCAUUAUGAAUCAUUAAGUUUUGUCGUGAUAUUAAUUAUUGUGGGAAUGUGUAUUACAAAAAAAAUGCAGCGGAGCAUCACGAUGAUCAAAUGAUAAUAAAGCCAGCUGAUGAAAGGUAGAUUGUGACAAAGUUGUGUUACCUCGUGUGUAGUCGAGUGUUGCUGGUUAGAAUAAAUUGGUGUUUUGUCCGAAGAAAUUGAAAGCUAACAGUACAGUUGAAGUGGUGCGUAGUAGUAAACUGAAGAGGCAGUUCUUGAAAAAGAUUAACAACGCUUAAAGAUGGGUAGCAUAGAAAUCGACCAAAAAUUGCUGCCGAUGAAGGCGCACUACUUUCUGUUCAAUGCUGGAACUGCACCGGUUGUGCCUUUCAUGCCAACAUUGGUUCGGCAGCUUGGCUUCUCGACGGUCGUCGUGGGAACCAUCUACACCGUUCUGCCGAUUGUGGGUAUGCUAGUGAAGCCACUAUUCGGUAUCAUUGCCGAUCGGUUUCAGCGGCAGAAGUUGCUGUUUUUACUUUUUCAGAUCCUCUCAGCCGUUCCGUUCUUCCUGAUCAUGUUCAUUCCUGCGAUACCACAAGAAUCGACCGUAUCAUUUCACUGUCACGCCGGAGCCUCCGAUCUCCGGUACUGCCCUCCGAAUGGAACAACAUUGGACAACUGCCUAACCGAUCGGAUUGUGACCGACGAAACCAGUAACCCAACGCUCCUGCGCUGUCAGAUGGAUUGCCAAACGGAGCCCUGGAUGUGGCAUACCAUCUGCAAGUACUGGAAAGUGGAAAAGUAUUGUGACCCGCACAACAUCCCCAGCGACAACCACCUCAGAUUGACUGGCCUGGUGCCAAUGAAUCACAUCGAAUUGGUGGACGACUGCUUAUUCUUUUUGCUCAAGGGGGCCGAACUGGAUGGCGAUCAGGUGCCGUUGUAUUGUCCUGCAAAUACGACCGAUUUCCGAACCAGUUGUCAAGUCAAGUGUGACAACACGGAAAUCAUGGAAGCCGUAACACAGUCGAAGAUUCCAGACAGCGAAGUCAAGGGGCUGUAUCAGUUCUGGUUGCUGUUCCUGCUGCUGAUUCUGAGCUGGGCCGGUAUGGCCGUUGUGGUCAGCGUUGGCGAUGCUAUCUGUUUCGACAUGCUAGGUGAUAGGCCACAUUUAUACGGCAACCAACGGCUUUGGGGUUCGAUCGGAUGGGGGAUUUUUUCGUUGCUGGCCGGUUUCCUGGUCGAUCAGUUUUCCAAUGGAAAAGCUACCAAGGAUUACACGGUGGUGUUUUACAUGACUAUUGUCAUCAUUUCCGUGGAUAUACUGGUCUCAUCUAAGCUCAAGCACACUCAAACAAGAUUGUCGACUAACAUUGUGCGAGAUGUUAGUCAAAUUUUUGCCUCGGUUAGGAUAGUGGUGUUUUUCUGCUGGUGUGCACUGGUUGGUCUGGGUACGGCACUGAUCUGGAACUUCCUGUUCUGGCAUCUCGAGGAUCUUGCCAGCUUGCAAGAAGGAUGCGGCCACACAACGUGGAUCAAAACGCUUCAAGGAAUCGUUAUGUCGAUCCAGUGCUUCGGUGGCGAACUACCGUUCUUCUUUCUGUCCGGAUGGAUUUUAAAAAAGAUUGGACACAUCCAUGCCAUGAGCGUGGUUCUGCUGGGAUUCGGAGUCCGCUUUGUGCUGUACUCCUUACUGGUCGACCCAUGGUGGGUCAUCCCGAUCGAGUUUAUGAAUGGCAUCACAUUCGGCCUGUUCUAUGCAACCAUGGCGUCCUAUGCUAGCAUCGUGGCACCACCCGGGACGGAAGCUACCAUGCAGGGCUUGGUCGGCGCCGUAUUCGAGGGAGUUGGAGUUUCGCUGGGCAGUCUACUGGCCGGUAAUCUCUUCUUCAAGGUUGGCGGCAGUAAAACGUUCAGGUGGUUUGGAGUUGGAGCACUAAUAUUGUUCGUCGUCCACGUGUUCAUCCAGUUUUUGAUGGGAGGAACACUCGGAUCCAGGGAUACUCGCAUAGCAUACACUACGCCGGAAGAUGCAUUGCACCACAUGGAGGACGACCAGCCGAUCGUACAGAGAGGCAAAUAGCUGACUGUCAUCACGAUUGUUUUCAAAGAUUUUGCAACUGCAAUAGACUUAGUUAGAUUUAUUGAUAUGAGAAUAAGCACUUUUCUUUAAAUAUGUGUGUAAACUGUUAACUACAAUCAUCGAGAUUAAAAUAUUAUCUUUGUACUAAAGAAUAUCAGUGAUUUCGAUGAAUGACAAAUGCCACCGUUUCAAAAAGGCUGUAAUGUUAUUUGUGAACCUUUGUUCGGCAAUAAACUGGGAUGAUUUAAUA